GGGUUAUCAACUACAGCAGAAUGCCUGAGAGUGAUAUUUUAGAUAUAGGUUCACGGUAUGAAACGGAUUCUAGAAUUACGAAAAUUGAAUAUCAUUCAUUUACGCCGUAUACAAUAUCGUUUAAUAAUAAUGACGAGAUACGUAUAUCAAUCCAGCAAACAGAUGUUUAUCCGUAUCUGUACGAAAGCUUUAUUUAUUUAGAAGGAAUGAUUUCGGAAGCUGACAAAGUGAAACUAUCUAAUAAUGGUUACUCUUACCUCUUUGAACAAAUACGAUUAGAAAUCAAUGGGAUAGAAGUAGAUAGUACACGUGUUCUUGGAAUCACUAGCUCGUUAAAAGGUUACUUAUCCGGUACACCAGACAACUAUAAUUGUUAUGAAAAUGCAGGCUGGAAUUUUAAAAACGGAACACAAUCAUCAAAUGAAAAAGGUGAAUUUAGUGCUUGUAUUCCAUUGAAAUAUUGGUUAGGUUUGUUUGAAGACUUUAAAAAAAUAUUGGAUAAUUCAAGAUUGGAAUUAAUAUUAACUCGAAGUUAUACUGAUUUAAAUGCGUUAAACUUUAAAAGUGGUAUAGUUGCAUCUACAGCUCAAAGUUACUUUAAACAAAAUAUUAUGGAAGGUCCCACAUAUCACUGUUGA